ACCCGUCGGCUUCUACCUCUCCCCCAAUCGAUCAGCCAUUUCUGCUUCUUCUUCUGUUUUCUCUCCUCGACAUUUCAGCUCCGAAUCAGUAGAGACUCCUGCGAAGAAGAAGGUGGAGGAUGUAAUGCCUAUUGCGACUGGACAUGAGAAGGAGGAGCUUGAAGCUGAAAUGGAGGAAAGGAGGCUGCUUGAUAUUGACUUCCCUGAAGGUCCUUUUGGCACUAAGUGAUGGUGAUACUGAUGCAUCUCCCAAGGUACUGCCUUCGAGUCAUGUGGUUCAGGAACUGGAAGAAGGGUUCUCUAUGAAUCUUCCAAGAUUCUUGCUCAGAAAAUGACUGUCGCUAUGGAGAAUAUGGUACACUAUCUUGCUGAAUUGGGGAUGAUGCAUUACGACACCUUGAUGUUCUGUCCCUCCA